AUGGCGAGACCGAAGAAAGCAACGAAAAUGGCAGAAACUGAGAGCCAAGCUAAAGAGAGUCAAGAAGUGCUAAAGGACGUUCCAGAGGAAGAAGAGCCGGCUAGCCAAGAGAGCCAGGGAUCCGAGACGACGAAGGAAAUCGUCGACAAAGUUGCCAAUCUAGAAGUGGAAGAAAGUCCUAAGAGGGGACGCGGGCGACCGAAAAAGCGCGCUCAUCCUUCUGGCGGCGAUUCUCCGGCGAAAAUGAAAAAGUCGUCUUCUCUCUCUGAGCUUCCAGACAUGCCAAAGAAACGAGGCCGACCAAAGGGGAGACGAUCGCUGUUGGAAACGGUGUCGAGGCAGGAGAGCUUCGCGAAGCCGUUCACGAGGGAACAGUGGCCGGAGAAUGGAGUCUUGCUGGCGUUUGGAAUGGGCGAUGCUGGACAACUCGGCUGUGGAGAAGAUAUCAUGGAGCGAAAGAAGCCCGCUCUUGUGAAAGAAUUGGACGAGCCAAUUCUCUGCGCGGCAGCUGGAGGCAUGCACAACGUAUGCAUCGGCGACUCGGGCGAUGUUUACACUUUCGGCUGCAACGACGAAGGCGCCCUCGGCCGCGAGACGAAAGAGGAAGAGGAAGCUUUUCUUCCAGCAAAGGUCGCAGGAGUGACAGAUGCGAUCUUCUGCUGCGCCGGGGAUUCGCACUCCGCUGUUUUGACCAAUGACGGAGCUGUGUGGAUCUGGGGUACUUUCCGAGAUGCGAACGGGCGAAUGGGCGCUACUGCUGGAAAUACUGACGAUAAAGAAAUGAGUAAAGCGAUCAUCAAGGAGCCGGCCAAGCUGGAAAUCUCAAAGAAGGUAGUAAGAAUUGCCUCUGGAGCGGAUCAUUUGAUCCUUUUGGACACGGAAGGAAAUGUUUGGAGUAUGGGAUGUGCUGAAAGUGGACAGCUUGGAAGAAUUUCGUCGCACUUCUGCACCAAGGGUGGGCGAAGAGGCCUUGGCAAAAUUCUAAAAGCUGAAAUGAUCCAUCUGCAGAAAAAGUACAAGCGCGUAUAUGGAGAAGUAGAGGACAUUGCAUGCGGUCAAUUCAGCUCGUUUUUGAUCAUGUCUUCUGGAGCUGUUCUUGGAUUCGGAUUGAAUAAUUGCUACCAGAUUGGAUUCGGCGAUCGGGAGAUCAGAUUCAGUCCCGAAGUAGUGCCUUACAAGUUCGAAGGGAACGCUGUAGAAGUCAAGCAAAUCUCCUCGGGAAUGCAUCAUUCCGUCCUGCUGUCUAAAGAAGGUGAUGUAUUCACGAUCGGAUGCGGCGAUUACGGCCGAUUAGGAGUCGGAGAAAAGGAAACUCUCCGAGAAAGCUCAGUUUUGAGGAAAGUAGCGAUUGAGAAGAAAAUCGUUUCUGUUGGAACUGGAAGUUGUUGCUCCUAUGCUCUGGCCGAAGAUGGAAGCGCCUUUGCCUGGGGAAUGGGCAGCAAUCUUCAGCUGACCAACGGAUCGGAAGACGACGAGUGGGAGCCCGUGCAAGUUGCUGGCAAACAGAUUGAAGGACAAAAGGUUGUGGCCAUUUCUGGCGGAGGACAGCACGCUAUUAUUGUCAUCGACAAGAAGUAA